CAAAGUGUAAGUGUUCAUAGUUGACAAGAAACAAGACGAAAACGUCCGUCGUUAAAUUCCACCCUCUAAUUAAGUUAUCAAAUUUUCAUUAUUGAAUUCCCCGCCAGACACUAUCAAUCCCCCUUCCCUUCCUUUCCCCGUUGCUCUCUCUUUCUUCUUAAUUUCUUCGAGGGUGCAACCAUGGCAUCGUGCGUGAGCGACACGGCUCGAGCCCUCGGCUGUAGGGACGGUGCAGCCGCCACGCACCUCAAGUUCAUCUCUCUUUUCGUAAUCUUCUUCACUAGCGUCAUCGGCAUAACUACCCCGGUCCUCCUGGCCCGUUAUUUCCAAGGAAAACCCGUGUACGACAAGGCAAUUCUAAUAAUCAAGUGCUUCGCUGCCGGAGUCAUCCUUUCAACCUCCUUGGUCCACGUCCUCCCCGACGCCUUCGCCGCCCUAUCCGACUUCCAGGUCGCUUCUCGCCAUCCCUGGAAAGAUUUCCCCUUCGCCGGCCUUGUCACUCUAAUCGGGGCUCUGCUCGCUCUUUUUGUGGACUUAACGGCUAGCUCACAUGUGGAGCACGGUCAUAAACCCAGUGGAGACUAUUUACCGGUGGGAACGCAUGAUGUAACGGUGGGAAAAAAAGUGGGCAACACCAAUAGUGAUUUGUCGAACGAGGAAUUAGUGAAGCUUAAGCAGAGACUGGUUUCCCAGGUUUUGGAGAUUGGGAUAAUUUUCCAUUCGGUGAUAAUCGGGGUGACGAUGGGGAUGUCCCAAAAUCAGUGUACCAUCCGACCUCUGGUCGCUGCUCUCGCCUUUCAUCAGAUCUUCGAAGGCAUGGGCCUCGGUGGCUGCAUUGCACAGGCGGGUUUCAGAAUGGGGACAGUGGCGUACAUGUGCUUAUUGUUUUCCGCGACGACCCCGAUGGGAAUAUUGUUGGGAAUGAUGGUGUUUUCGGUGACGGGGUACGAUGACAGUAGCCCUAAUGCAUUGAUAAUGGAAGGUAUAUUGGGUUCAUUGUCGUCGGGUAUUCUCAUCUAUAUGGCUUUGGUCGAUCUCAUUGCUGCCGAUUUCUUCCAUAACAAGUUGAUGGGUUCACAUACGUGGUUGAAAAAGGGUUCAUUCAUUGCCCUUGCUCUUGGCUCCACCUCUAUGUCUAUCCUUGCAAUUUGGGCUUGAAAAUUAAAACGAUUACAAAUUUCAUUUCAUCAAAUAUGGCAAUGGCAUGGAGUAGAUUAAUCAGUAGUUGAAUAUCAUAUAUAUUGUUACUUAAUAAUCAAGUUACAAGUUUUCGACAACCAUAAAUAUAUAUGAUAGAGAGAGAGAGAGAGAGAGUGCGAUUUGUAAUCGUGUAAAUACCUCACUGUGCGUGCGUGUAUGUGUGUGUAUAUAUCAAUCAAUUCAAAGUUAAAACUCCAUAUGAAA